AUGCAACUAGCCCUAGCCGCCAAGUACAUCGGAGCCAGCAUCGCCACACUCGGACUAGGAGGAGCCGCCAUCGGAAUCGCCCUCGUGUUCGUAGCCCUCAUCAACGGUACAUCACGAAACCCUUCCCUACGGUCAACACUCUUCCCUCAAGCCAUCCUAGGAUUCGCCCUCAGCGAAGCCUGUGGUCUAUUCUGCCUCAUGAUCUCCUUCCUGCUACUCUACGCUGUCUAA